AAUUCGCGAUCGUCCUUGCCAGUGAGUUCCGUUGUCUCUAAUUAGUGAUUAAUGUUUUUUUUGACGUGAGUUCGUGCAGUCGACCCUUAUUGUUGGAGCCAGAAUGAGAUCGAUACUUUUAGUAGUAUGUCUCUUAAGUACAGCGUGGUCACAGAACCCAACCGCCACAAGCCCUGAGAAGUCCACAGAGAAGGGUCUGAUUGAAUGGAUUACCAAUCUACUAGGUGGACCGCAGACUACUACCUCGAAACCACAGGAUCCACCUGAAAAUUGUCCUGCAUGUCAAUGUGGUAUACCCCGGACACGUCGGCGCAUAGUUGGAGGCUCGGAGACGAAACAACUGGAGUUUCCUUGGAUGGCAGUGUUGCUGUACAAUGGUAGAUUCUACUGCGGUGGUUCCUUGCUCAAUGACUUGUAUGUACUGACGGCAGGACAUUGUACAGUGGGUUUCCGUAAGGAGAGGAUGUCAGUACGUUUCUUAGAACACGACCGUACCAGCGCCAAUGAAACCAAAACUAUUGAUAGGAAAGUGGCUGAAGUUAUCAGACAUAGGCGAUACAAUCCUGGUACUUACGACAACGAUAUUGCAUUGCUGAAACUUGAUGAAAGAAUUGACCUCAGUAACGCUCUAAAACGAGUUCGAGCAGAUGGCUCUACUGAAAGUGGAUCUACAGAGAGUGGCUCUAAUGAGGAUAAAAAUGAAGAUGGAGGGCCUCGUCCCGUCUGCCUCGCUAGUCCCAGCCUCUCGUACUCCAACUACAGUGGUGUGGUCACCGGUUGGGGAACAACAUCCGAGGGUGGGUCAGUGUCCAGCACUUUACAAGAGGUCUCGGUACCAAUAAUAUCAAAUGAAGCUUGCAGACAAACCACUUACGGGAAUCGUAUCUCUGACAACAUGCUGUGCGCAGGCGAGCCGCAGGGAGGCCGAGACGCCUGCCAAGGAGACUCUGGAGGCCCUCUCCAUAUCCUUAACAGUACCACUGAACAGUAUCAAGAAGUUGGUAUUGUGUCCUGGGGCGAAGGUUGCGCCAGACCAGAGACACCCGGAGUGUAUACACGGGUCAAUCGGUACCUAACUUGGAUUAGAAGCAACACUCGGGAUGCUUGUUAUUGCCAGUAAUUUAAUAUUAUUUAUGUUCAUUAUUUAUUUAACUAUAGCG